AUGCGAUUGGCUCCUCUCCUUUGCGCUCUCCCUCUCAUCGGUUCAGUUUUCGCUGCUCCUACUCCCAUCAAGGAAAAUACCAUUGCUACCAGAGAUGUAGAUGUUUUGGCUGUUGUCACUCAACUCGAAGCUGACGUCCUCGCCGCCGGAUCCCUCUCUGACCUCUCAGUCGAAGCUGAUGUGACCGCCUGCCUCCAAAUCGUCGUUGGCGCUUUCAACAAAUGCGGUGAUGCCUUGGGUAUCGCUAUAGGUCUUGACGUCGAAGCUGAUGUUGAAAUUGCUGCCAUUGCCAAGAGACAGGAGGUUACUCAAGAAGUCGCUGAAGUUCUCGCUCGUGUCGUUGUUCAAGUUAACACCCUCGUCGGUUCUAUUUCUUCUGAUGUUGCCUCUAUCUCCGUUGUUGCCGCUCUCCUUGCCCAAAUCGACUCUGCCUUGUGCCUCAUCCUCAAAGGUGUUGAAUCUAUCCUUGCCGGUGUCCUCACACUCGUUGCUGGUAUCCUUGUAGACCUCAAAUGUAUCCUCUCCCCGCUCCUCGGUGGUGUCCUCGGUCUCCUCGAUGCUCUCGUAGGUGGUCUCCUCUCAGGUCUUUUGGGUACCGUUGGCGGUCUCGUCGGUGGUCUUUUAGGUGGUCAAUAA